GAAAAUCAGGGGGAUUUGCACAAGAAAACAACACUAUAGAUUCUGGAGAACUUGAUAUAGGCCGAAGAGCAAUACAAGAAGUUCCCCCUGGGAUUUUUUGGAGAUCACAACUCUUCAUUGAUCAGCCACAAUUUCUAAAAUUCAAUAUAUCCCUCCAGAAAGAUGCACUGAUUGGAGUGUAUGGCCGUAAAGGCUUACCACCUUCACACACUCAGUACGACUUUGUGGAGCUCCUGGAUGGCAGCCGGCUGAUUGCAAGGGAGCAACGCAACCUGCUGGAAUCGGAGCGAGCGGGGCGGCAGGCAAGGUCUGUCAGUCUCCAUGAAGCAGGUUUUAUCCAGUAUUUGGAUUCUGGCAUCUGGCAUCUGGCCUUCUAUAACGAUGGGAAAAAUGCGGAGCAGGUGUCUUUUAAUACCAUAAUUAUAGAGUCUGUGGUGGAAUGCCCCCGAAAUUGCCAUGGUAACGGCGAAUGCGUUUCUGGAUCCUGCCAUUGUUUUCCUGGGUUUCUGGGCCCCGAUUGUUCGAGAGCAGCCUGCCCGGUGCUGUGUAGUGGCAAUGGGCAGUACUCCAAAGGGCGCUGCCUGUGUUACAGCGGCUGGAAGGGCACCGAGUGUGACGUGCCUACAACUCAGUGCAUCGAUCCCCAGUGUGGGGGCCGGGGCAUUUGCAUCAUGGGCUCUUGUGCCUGCAACUCGGGAUACAAAGGAGAAAACUGUGAAGAAGCGGAUUGCUUGGACCCAGCCUGCUCCAGCCAUGGCGUCUGCAUCCACGGCGAGUGCCAUUGCAACCCGGGCUGGGGUGGCAGCAACUGUGAAAUUCUGAAGACGAUGUGCCCUGACCAGUGCUCUGGCCAUGGCACCUACCUUCAAGAGAGUGGUACCUGCACCUGUGACCCCAACUGGACAGGUCCAGAUUGCUCCAAUGAAAUCUGUUCGGUGGACUGCGGCACGCACGGCGUGUGCAUGGGCGGCUCAUGUCGCUGCGAGGAAGGCUGGACGGGCGCAGCCUGCAACCAGAGAGCCUGCCAUCCCCGCUGCGCAGAGCACGGCACCUGUAAAGACGGGAAGUGUGAAUGUAGCCAGGGAUGGAACGGAGAGCACUGCACCAUUG